AGAUGAGUCUAUUUGGGAAGGUGGAGGCUGAUGUAGAAAUUAAAGCUCCUGCUGAAAAGUUUCAUGAGGUUUUCAGCGGCAGGCCACACCACAUAUCCAAUGUCUGCCCUGACAAAGUCCAGGGUGUUGCUUUGCAUGAAGGUGAUUGGGGCAAUGAGGGCUCUGUCAUCUACUGGGAUUAUGUCCAUGAUGGGCAAGCCAAAGUUGCUAAGGAGAAAAUUGAAGCAAUAGAUGAUACAAACAAGUCGGUCACUUUCAAAGUAAUUGAAGGAGAUCUUCUGAAGGAGUACAAGAGCUUCAAAAUCAUUGUUCAAGCUACUCCCAAGGGUGAGGGCAGCUUGGUCCACUGGAGCUUCGAAUACGAGAAGCUGAAGGAGGAUGUUCAAGAACCAAAGACAUUGCUUCAGUUUGCAAUUGAUGUCAGCAAAGACAUUGAUGCUCACCUUACCGCAUAGACAAAAAGGUUGUACGUCUACAAUA